AUGGAGAUGAUCGAGAAGCUUGAAGCCUGGAGGCGGUCGGAGCACUACGAGCAACUAUCAGAUGAACAUCCCUAUGCAACGCCGAGAAACUGCCAGACUGGAGCUACCAAAUGGUUCAAAUCGAUGAAAUGGAGGAGCCUUCGCGCCAGGAAUGCCUGGGUUCCACAGUUUCGUGGAAAGCAGUACAAAAAGCUAGACGAUGUCGAGGACAGUCCUGAGUCAACGAGCCGAAGGUCAUCCUGGAAGACCAUGAUCGAAUCGUCCACCUGGCCCACGUUCUCGAAGAUGCUCAAAGCAGGAUGCUAUCUACCCAUUACUUCGUUACUUCUCGAAGUGGUCAUCAUCGUCCUCUUCCUCACGCUCUACCUCCGCCUCCCCGACGAUCCAGCAAUCGGGGACCGAGAAAGGAUAGCGUCGCAGUACUCAGCUUGGCCCUUCAUCUCCUGCGUUGGCUCCACCACUCCGAUCGUCUAUCAGUCACUGUCGAUCCUGACCGCUGUAUUCUUUCUCUCAUCAGCCGGGCGGUCUUUCUACUACACUCGCCACCACCUGGUAGGCUACUGGCUCCGCCGCGCUCAGCUCGUAGAGACAUCGAUCGGCACAGCAUUGUUGAUCUGGCUUGUGUUCGCCAGCGACGAUGUGGACAGCCAUCUACACAUCGCACUCGUUGCUUUGCGUCUGCUGUUCCUGUUCGCAACAAAGUUGACCGCAUGGACGGUGUGGUUCCUGAUGCGGCGGUCUUACUACGACCUCGGAGCAGAUCGAUUAUGGAUGAUCUCGUUCAGCUGGAAGACGGUAAUGCUGGUGCCUGGUGUUGUUGCAGCGACGCUGGCGAACGUAGGCGCUUUCUCCUGCAAGGAUUCAAAGCAAAUCCAGAAGCCGGGCACGACAUGCUAUCGUCUGAUCUUUGGUGCGGCAGUGAGCGACUAG